AUGAAUUUGAUAUAAUUUAAGAGAGAAAAAUAUGGAAUUAAAUUAAGAAGAGAUGCUUUAGAAAAAAUAUUUAGUUUAAAAAGAGUAAUCAAUUCUCCAGACUUAAUUUUAAUUUUUGAAAAAUAAUUAGAAUCAUAUGAGACUGAUAUUUUAGAAGCAAUUGAAAUUUUAAAAUAGUACUAAAAUAUUAAGCCUGAAUAUGUCUAACUAUGGCUUUUCUUAUUAUAUGAUUGUUUUAUUUAUUUGGACCAGCAGUAUAAAGGAAAUGAAAUCUUGGGCUUAAUCUUAUUCAGUGUCAAUUAAUAUCCGUAAGUAAUAUUCUUAAAUAAAUUCAAAAGAGCAUAAUUCAGUUCAUUGAGUAUUAACUAUUUGAAAUCUUACUUAGAUACCAGGAUACUUAAGUACUUCAAAUAAUUGAAAUAAUUUUGAAAUCGUAAAUCAUUCGAUCUCGUGAUGUCCAAAUUGAACCCUUUGUUAAUUACAUUUGUUCUUAUAUACCAGAGAAUACUAAAGAUAUUUUAAAAAUUCUUAUUCUAUUAUCUCAUAAUAUGGACUGCAAAGCAAUAAUCAUAACAAAUGAUCCUAUAAUGAAUAUGUUAUUGAUGGAAAAUCAACAAUUUUAGUAUGAAAGAAGUAGAAUUCUUAGUCAUUUAUCAAGAGGAAAUAUUAAAUUGGUUUAUUAUUUUUAUAAUUCUAAAGAUAAAUUACAAUCUUUAUUUUAUCUUAAUACAAAGCACUGUCUUAAAAUAAUAAUGCGUUUGAUUUGUUAUGAUGAAACAAAAAAAAUUCUAUAAAUAAUGAGAGAGUAAAGGAUUAUAUAACAAAUAGAGAAAUUAUGUAUAUAAAAAGAUCUCACUUAUUCAUAAGAAAUUGAGAAUAUAUUGUAAGAAUUUUAAUAAUGA